UCUCUAGUUUUUAGGGUUUUAGAAAACCCUUUUCCAGCUCUCUAUCGAUUAACAUGGCGGACGAACCCUCGUUCGUGCCGCGGUCGGACAACAAGCGCAAGCUCGACGAUUCCCCCCCUGCGCCAUGGCCUGCUCGCCGGCCCUCGGGUUUCUCCUCUCCCACCGCUGACGCCCAGCCAGCACCAUCCUACAACAGCGUCCCUCCACCUCCUGACGGGAUCCAGCUCGCCAAGCAGCGUGCUCAGGAGAUAGCAGCUAAGCUCUUAACCGAGGCGGAGGCCAAACGUCCUAGGGUCGACAACGGCACUGCUGCUGGGGAUGAAUCCAGCGACAGAGGUUUUGGCUAUGGGUCUACUGAUCAUCUGCAAAAGCCAUUGAGCCAACCAAUGCACACUCUAGGUGGGGCGACUACCCCUUCAUCAUUUUCUUCUUAUGGCUUCCAGGGUUCCAGCAAAAAGAUUGAGAUUCCGAAUGGAAGGGUUGGUGUAAUCAUUGGUAAAGGUGGGGAAACAAUCAAAUAUCUUCAACUUCAAUCAGGAGCCAGGAUUCAAGUAACAAGGGAUGCUGAUUCUGAUCCUCAUUCACAAAGCAGAAAUGUAGAGCUCAUGGGCACUGCUGAACAAAUUAGCAAGGCUGAGCAGCUAAUCAAAGAAGUUCUUGCCGAGGCUGAAGCUGGGGGUUCUGUUAUGGUUUCUUCUCGGAAAUAUGGAGGUCCUCAAGUUGGUGUUGAGCAUUUUACCAUGAAAGUUCCCAACAACAAGGUUGGUUUGAUUAUUGGUAAAGGCGGUGAGACAAUAAAGAGCAUGCAAGCUAAAUCUGGAGCUCGUAUACAGUUGAUACCAUUGCAUUUGCCACCUGGUGAUACAACAACUGAGAGAAAUCUGCAUAUAGAUGGUACAAAAGAGCAGAUUGAAGCAGCCAAGCAGUUAGUAGAUGAGGUCACAAGUGAGAACCGUGUCAGGAAUCCAUCCAUGGGUGGUUAUCCUCCACAAUAUGGUGCUCCCCGACCUCCAACAAGCUGGGGUCCACCAGGGCCACCUCCGAUGCAACAGCCUGGUUAUGGUUACAUGCAGCCCGGAACAUACCCAGGGCAGCCUCCUCAGUAUAACAUGUCCCAAUCUGCUUAUGGUGGCUAUCCAUCCGCCCCUACAUCAGGUGGAUACUCUACCAGUUGGGACCAAUCUUCUAAUCCACCAUCUCAACAAACUACACCAGGAAGUGGCUAUGAUUAUUACAAUCAGCAGCAGUCUGUUGGGAACUCUUCUGCCCCUGCUGACAAUAACAGCAGUUAUAACUACGGGCAGCCACCAACUGGUAGCUACAACUCUCAAGGGUCAUACAGCGAUGCUUACCCACAAUCAGCUGCUGCAGGGCAACAGUCAAGCCAUGGGCAGGACAGCUAUUCUGGUGGUUACCAGGCUCCCUCAGCACAGACCGGCUAUGAUCAACAAGGGUAUGGUUCCACACAUGGUUAUGGAGGACCUCCUAAUGCAGCUUCAGAUCGCUCUGCUGCCAGCUAUGGCAGCCAAGGUGGAGCUGCCCAUGCUCCUCCAGCACGACAAGUGCCUCCAGUCCAGCAAUCUUCAACCCCACGGAGUUCACAGGGCUAUGCUGCUCAACAAACCGGAUAUGGCAUGCCACCUCCUACUUCUCAAGCAGGAGGAUAUGCAAGCCAGACUUCACAGAGUGGAUAUGGACCCUCCGGGUAUGGCCAGGGCCAGAGGCUCCCUUCUCAACCAAUUUACGGCCAAGGUCAACAGCCGCAGACUGCACAAGGAAGCUACAAUAGUGGCACAGUGCAACCAGGAGGAUAUGGUCAACUACCACCAACACAAGCUGGUUAUUCUCAAGAAUCUGUCCACCCUCAAGCUCCGGCUUCAGGUUAUCAGACCGGUUAUGGUCAACAACAGGCAUAUGGUGCACCACCUCAGGGCCAACAACCUUAUGGUCAGCAGCCAUAUGGUGAUACCUAUAGUGGUGGAUAUUCGCAACCUCCUGCCUACUCCGGUGAAAAUGCUACACAUGGAGCCUAUGAUGCGGUCGCAGCUGCUUCUCAACCUGCUUCUACUGGAGUUACCAAAGCUUCCCCAAAGAGUUGAGGUUUUUUAAUAUGGUAUGGUACAAUGUCCGGUUAUUUCUUUUCUUGGUUAGCUUAAGUUGUUGUGCACUUGCCUUUUAUAAAUUUGUAGUUAAUAGAUUGAGUUGAACUCUGUGUUAAGUUUAUUUGCAUCUUCUUCCAUCUUGGUUUCGUCCUGUGGCCUUUGUCAGCAUGACAUGUUAAUGGUUUUGCACUGCUAAAGUUUUUUUUAAAAAAAAACUCUUGAAUCAA